AGGGAACGGGAGACGGAGAAAGGACUACAGCUCCCAGGGGCUCCUUUCGGGCAACCGUUCUCGCCGCUUGCUCUCGCGAGAUGGCCCGCCGCCGCUCCGUUCCCCAACCCCGCCUCUCGCAAGUUCGCGCUCGCUUGCGGCGCGGUGGUUGAAUGUGGGGCCGCCCAGGGAAGGCGGUGGCGGCGAUGGCAGCGCGUUCCGCCGCCGCCGCGUCGUCUCCUCCGACGGAGCUGUCCUUGUCGCCCUUCGUCCGGAAGCUCCGUCAUCAGCUGGCUGAAAUUAGAGAACGUGCUCUUAGAAAUAUUUUGUGUAAAUUGGAUCACAACUUGGUUACAUAUGAUGACUUGGUUCAAGAAAAACUCCUGUUUCUCAGUCUUCUGGAGUGGUUCAACUUUCCUGUAGUACCAAUGAAAGAAGAGGUUCUGAAUUUAGUGAGCAACCUGGUGAAGCACCCGUCUGCUGUGGAACAAUUGGUUGGGAUUGGGGCAGUGGAGUUUUUCACUCAACUUCGUCCAAAUGUGGAUCCAAACCUACAGGCUGUGAUUGAUGGGAUUUUGGAUGGGCUAUUUGUGUUGCCUUCAGAAAUCUCUGCUGAUUAUCAGGAAGUGUCUUAUCAAACGCCCUUGCCAGCAGUGACUAAUAUAGUAUUGUCAGAAGAAGCUAAUGCUGGAUACUUUGAUCAAGGGGGAAAUAAUUUGCAAGAGAUGGGAAUACCACCAAAACAGCUAUCUGUGAAACACGGCGUGAAAUCCUUGAAAUUUUCUACAUUUCCAUGGUUAUCCCUGACCACAACAGAUAGACAUGUUCUUUCAUCAAUGGAAAGCUCUCUGAGAAGCAAAAAUCACAGUUUAAUUUGGAAUACCUGUGAGCUUCUACAAGAUGUCAUCAUGCAAGACUUUCCUGCUGAGAUAUUUCUUCAGAGACCAAUGAUUGUUCAGAGUCUUCUGUCACUAACAACACUGGCUUUCGGAAGAGAUGGACAACACCGUUUAGCCUUACAAGCUGUCUUAUGUCUGCAGCAAUUAUGUACCUUCUUAAGAAACAGACUGAACUUCCAUAGAGAUCCAAGUUUUGUCUCAAGUGAAACUGGUACCAUUUCCCAGAAUUCCUCAGUGUCUUAUGGCCACGAUGCUAGAAGAUCCGUUCAUUCUCAGAAUGCAUCCCCUGGAAGUAGUAGUCCUCGACCUUCCGUGAUAGGACGUACAGGUCAGCGUCCCAGAGGUGAUGGUCAAGACUGGGAUGCAGUAUCUUCAAGUGGAAGCAGUUCUCAUGCUAAUGCGAAUUCAAGAGUUCACUCACCUUUGGAUAUGGGCCAUAUUGACCUGCCAGAACUGGAGAAUGAGGAUACUUUAGAGUUACAGUUCCAACAGCUUAGCCUUCCUCAGUUCUGUGUAGCCGUUUUGGAAUAUGCUGUGCCUCUUCUAAGAACGGGUAGUAAGAAAGUGACCAUGCAUGUUCUGGAGUGUCUGGCUGAGGACCUGCUGCUUAUUUCUGAUGCUGUGUCUGAAGAUGUUUGGGAAGACAACAGUCUCUUUGGGCUGGAACUUAAGGAAAAACUGCUUGGAGUCCUAGAUACCUUGGGUGAAACCAUGUCCUACCACAAAAAUAAUGCAAGUUCAGAGCAGCCUGAGCUUGUGAUCAUCCACCACAGAAUGGCGUAUGUUAGUGUUUCACUUUUCACCAUUCGACUACUGCAUUCACUUAUCCCUGUGGAAAAGGCUGACCGUGUUUUACCAGAGAGUUUACUAGCGGCUUUAUUUGACCUUUCCGUGGACAUGCCUUUCUCCUUGGAAUAUCCAAGUAUUCAUGACUCUGUCAUAGCUUAUUUGGAACAAAUGAAUUCAGAAAACUACAGCAUCUAUAAACAAGCUGCAGAGGCUGCCUAUUCUGUUGAGUGUACCUGUAACUUUAUGGCGGAAGUCCACAAGGAGGGAGAAAAUAAUGUUCUUGAUCUACUGGAGAUGGUAGAACAGGCCCUAAAAAGUCUCCCAUAUCAUCAACACUUCCCUCUACUCCAGGAAUUCCUCAGCAUUUGCUCAGACAUCUGGAAGUUUGCCCAAGCUAGCCCGUUGCUGCAGGCAGAGAGUCAGAAGGUUCUCCUCCAUCUGUUGUCCCAUCCUCUGCCGAAUAUACGAACUGAAGCCUAUCGCUACUGCCUCAAAACUGUUAAGGAAUGUUUAGGAAUUCAUAAUGCCACUAAACCUGUUUCUUCAGUCAGCUAUGGAAUACAUUUUCUGCUUCAUCCCAAAGUUCUCUAUGAAAUCUGUAGUUUUGGCCUUCAAGAUUCCCAUCAUGAGGUGUGCUCAGCCGCCACUUUUAUGCUGAUGUAUCUUCUUCAGGGCCGAUUGAUGAUGGCAGCAGUGACCUGGAACAAGUUUAUUGAGGCCCUCUAUCCUGUUGUUCCAAUUCUUCAGGGCUAUGCAGACACAGAAGACGCUCUGGGUAGUUGCAUCCUCUCACUGAGUGAAACAAAUGCUGAAAAAGAAGGGAUUCUCCCCAGAACUACAAGACUUAAAGCUGCCUUGCGUCUUCUGUUCUCAAAAAAACCAUUAGUCCGUUCCACGGCGCUCAAACACUUGAUGUUUCAUCUUACGACUGAAGAAGAGGCAACCCUGAGGCACCCACUACCACAGAGUAGUGUCCUUUCAAGCAUCCCUAACUUACUUAUUGUGGAAAAGACUGUUGAACUCAAGCUGGGAGAUUCAGCAAGAGAGUCAGUAUUUAAGGCUGAGACUGUUGAAAAGCUGUAUGAUAUCUUUAUCUCGGACACAAUUGAUCUAGUUUUGAGGAAGUCAGCAGCUGAGCAGCUAGCUGUAAUUAUGCAAGAUUCCAAAAUGCAUGAAAUCAUCAAAAAGAUGGGUAUCAUAGACAAAAUACUUUCCUACUUUGCUGAAUGUGUUGACCAGGAUGGCAAGGUUAUGGGGUGUAUGAUGUUGCCAUGUCUUACCCUGUUACGGAAACUUACAUAUGCAGAUCCAGCUAAGCGGCUCUCCCUGGCCAACCAGCCAUCUGUCUUGCUGGUGUUAUUUAGAGUUUGCUUGUUAUUCCAAGAUUAUGGUGCUGUCAUGAGUGAAGCAGCAGCAUUGCUUUGUCUACUACUGUUUGAUGAGGCAUCAAGAAAAGAGAUGUGGGCUGAUACUUUCCCCUGUGACUCUUACAGCAUUCUUCCCUUUAGUUUGCCUGUUUCUGUUGUUAGACGGUAUCAUCUGCCUGUCAGAGUCAAAGCUCAUCAUGCUGUGAGCCCCAAUUCAGUGGUGUUACCAUUUCCUUGUGAACUCUGGGCCUCAAAACCGGUGUCAGACAUGCUUAAAAUGGCUUGGAACUUGUCUUGGUUCCAUGGAGUGGAUAAUUUACUGAAACUCGCUGAUUAUGAGACAGGAACCAAAGAAUUUCCAGACACAUUAAAGCUCUCCUCGGAGGAUAUUAUUACCCUGAAGAUAACUCAUGCAACCAGUGGGCUGCAAGAUUGUCUUAAUUCCAUCAUUCGAGCAGUGUCCCACAGGGAAGUUCGGGCCGCCGUCACGAGAAUGAAUUUUUACAUUCUGAAUGACAGGCUGGCAUUAAUCUGCAGCAGUGGCCCUUGUGGGGCCACUUUGAAGUGCUUGGCUUGGCAAACAGCAUUAAGCAGGUUUCUUCAGGUGCUUCCAGCUUCUUCAGAGGAUGAGAAACUCUUGAUUGACAUCGUAUGUUUCCUAAACAAGUUUCUUAAGGAAGAGAAGAUUAUGUCAGAUGUAGAACAUCUAAAAUGGAUCCUGGAUGUAAUCCUAAAGCAUAAUCCAAAGUCUCUACUCGAUCUUGUAGUGCAGCCAGAAUCCCAGCAACAAGAUGAAAUGGAUGACCUAAAGACUGCUGUCAGGCAACAACUGCAGAAAGAAUUGAUUGCUUUCUUGAAUACACUUCUGCUCAGCUUCAUGUCCGCUACUGACAGGAAAGACCUAGAGCUUACUGGCUAUUUCCGAACAGAACUCGCUCUUAAACUUCUGCAGUAUUUACGAGUAACAGAUGCCCCCCAUUUCUAUGGAUUACCUUCUCUGGAAAGAACAUUAAGAGGCAUGGUUCAUGUCACUGCACUCCCAGGCUGGAGUUCGUACUCUGUUACAAUGGAGCCAUUCGCCAUUUGUAAGAAAUACUUAGCAGGGCUUCUUGAGGUCAUCUCAUCUUUUUAUGUUGAAUGGGGAGGAAAUGCCAUGUCUUUCAUGGGGAAAGGUGUCACAAAGAGCGCCAUCCUUUGUUUGCUUCACUUGUCCCAUGAAAUGAUGUCUCAGGCUCCAAAUGCGGACUGGAUACCUCUCUGGUUCUUGCCAUAUAACAGCGAAGAACAAGUUGUUUCUCGGCAAGGCUUGGCUUGGCUGAUUCCAUUAUGGGUAGACAGAGAUCCAGAGGUAAAGUUCACAUCCCUCGCCAUAGGAUCAGCACUUACAUCCCUCGAAGUAGGCUGCUUCGCGUUGGCUGAAAGCUGCCAGAACAUAUCAGGAGGCUUGUGGGGAACAGUGAUUAACAUCCUUCUGGACCAGUCUGAAUGCAGCAUGGUCCGAAGAGAAGCUGCAUUUAUUCUUCAGAAUCUUUUGGUGAUUCCACUGCCCACUGAAGAGGUUAAAGACUCUAUUUGGCAGGGACCUUGUGUACAUGAUGAAGAAUCUGGUCUAUCUCUCACUGGAAAAACCGCCUUGCAGGCUCUGUUAUAUCAUUGUCGCUUCUACGAGCAUUUGAAUGAGAUGGUGAAACAGUGCUACUUAGGUCGCUAUACAUUUGAUCUGCAUUGUUCCUUGGGAAGCAGCCAGGCAGCCGAAAAGAGUAGCAUAAAUGAUUUUGACGAUUCACUUUCUCUCUGGAGAGUUGUAUCUACUCAAAGUCAAUCUCCAAGUUCGCAGUCAACCUCUGACACUGUGAUCAUUUCCUCAUCGCCAUCUCCAGGCUGUGCUGUGGAACUGCAGCUGCCCACCUCACCACCUAUAGCUAGAAUUUGCGACGUGCCACUUAAUCGGCUCAUGGCGCAAGGUCAGAGUGAAACAACGACGAUGGUGUCUUCAAGUCCGCAUGACUCCCCGCAGUCUACCAUCAGACCCAAUCAGUGUGCGGUGGUCACCCCCCCUCUCCUGUCAGCGGUGUGCGGCUUGCUGGACAACCUGCUGAUUGUCACUCCCAAAGACACCGGCGUUGCUCUUCAGCAAGCACAGACACUAACUGCUCUCAGUAGUCUAGUAAAUUCCAGCUUGAUAGAGAGAUGUAUCUUGGAAAUGAAAGCGCCUCUUCCUCAGCCUUUUCAUAUGGACUACACAAAAAUUCAGGUUUUGUUUCUACUGCAGUUUGUUUCAUCUUUGUCCCAACUGCUACAGUCUUGCUUGCUGGUAGACACUCGCCUGGUGAUGCAAGAUGCAUUAUUGACACCUCUCUUGGCUCAUACCUUUGUGGUACUUUCCAUUGGCUGCAAGGAUGGCUUAGGGCCAGAGAUAACUGCUGCAGUUCACCAAACUUGGGAAGACUCAUUCAGCCUUCUCACUACUCUGUUAAGAAAAUGUGGCCAUGUCUCUCUGCCAUUUGUGACUGCAGCUCUUGCAAAGCAUUGGAUUCCAGUAAUCGAAACAAUAUGUGAAUGUGUGCAAUUCUCCUCCAGACACCCUGACCUGUGUGUGGCCUGCUUGCAGUUCCUUGCUGUCUUGUUUUCCGAAGAGGGGAAAAGAGAGCUCAACAGUAAAGAGAAUGCUUGCCACCACCCAACAGUGGUUUUCCUUCUAGAUGAGGAUGAGAGGAGCCGAGAUUCUGUGGCCAAACUCUGUGAAUUAAUAAUUCAGAGCUAUGAAGGAAAAUCCUCUCAGGAUGUGCUGAAGCGAGUUGCUGCCAGUGCUUUGCUUCCCCUUUUGGCUGUCAGUAAAAGUGCCCAGAAAUGUGCUUUGGAAGCCAACCUAAUAGAAACCUGCUUGGAAGAGAUAAAGCACAUUCAUGCACAACUAAACCUAGACUCCUUGAGGCCUGGAAAAGCAGUCCCUAGGAAAAAGGAUGAUAAUAACCUCAGCAAAGAAAUAAAGCUUGUCAUGCAGCUCCUAAGAAAUUGCUUCUUUCGAAAUGAAUCCUGCAAAUUAGCAGCCCUUGGAACUCACCUUAUCUCUGUUUUGCACACUCUGUGGCCGUGGCUUUUAAUGGAUGACUCACUGAUGCAAACAGCUCUGCAUUUGCUCUGUGUCUACACGGCAAACUAUCCUUUAGGCUGUGGUUCUCUGUGUUUGGCAAGCAGUGGAUUGUCUCCUCUUCAAACAGCCCAACGAACAGCAGCUGGAAACUCUCUAAUGCAUAGCAUUGUGAAGUUGGCUGCCCAAACCCCAGCCGAGAACAGCACAAUCCAGCAGAUGACCUUUAAUCUUCUGGCUAACGCCGUUGUAUCUCAUGACUGCAAGGGUGUUCUUCAGAAGAGUAACUUUCUGCAGAACUUUUUGUCGCUGUCAUUGCCAAAAGGAGGAAACAAAGGCCUUGGUCCCCUGGCUGUUGCUUGGCUGAAACUCCUCUUGAAUUUAUCAUUUGGAGAAGAUGGGCAGCAAAUGAUUGUGAAGCUGAAUGGUAGCUUAGAUCAGCUUAUAGAGAUGGCCAAGUACAAACACCGAAGCCAUCCAUAUACGAUCCUUCUGAUUCUGCACAACACCUGCUUUAACCCAGUCAACAAAUCCAAGAUACUGGCUAAUGAUAAAGCCAUUUCACUGCUAUCUGACUGUCUAGAAAGUGAUAAUCCUGUAGCUCGAAGAAUAGGAGCAUCUGCACUUUGGGCUUUGCUUCACAAUUAUCAGAAGGCAAAAGUGACUUUGAAGAACCCAUCAAUAAAAAGAAGAAUAGACGACGCCUUCCUUUCAGUCAAGAAAACUCUUCAGCAACAACAAGAAAACCAGCAAGAUGCCUAUCACUUCAAAUGCCUGGAAGCCCUUGUGCUGCUUCUCAAUAGCUAACAGUAGCAGUGUUGCAGAGCUGGUUCCCUCCCCUUUUGAAGGACACCAGAACCCAAAUGGAAUCUUAAAUCCACUGAGUGGAAGAAAUCUACCACUAAAGAAUUAUGUUAAUUCUUUGUACUGAGGAUCCUGUGCCACAGAAACUCCACAAAAUGUGUUUGUCUGUGGCAACCCUGUUCCAGUGCCUUGAUGCUAUAAGAGGCAAAGGAAAGAAUGGAAUAUAAAGCAUGGAUUUUUAACAAUGUACAUUAUAUUUUUAUUUUUGAUACAUUUUACACACACUUUUUGCAGUGUCUUUACACAUGUUUGCUUUUAGAAGACACACUGCUCUUCAGCUGAAGCGUAUUAAUUAUAUAUAAGGAGGCAUAGCACUUAUAAAUGAUGUAAAACAUUUUUUCCACAAUGUCUGAACUUGUAUAAAUAAAGAUGUCACCAAAAUGUU